AUGUCUCGGUCGGCCCAGCGUCUCCCCUCUGGUCCCCGUCAACAGCAGCACAAAGACCCGAGAGCCAAACAGAUGAGAACAGGUUUCUCCCUGAAUGUCGUCCUCACGCCCCCAUCACGAGCCCAGGAGGACCGGGGCCCUCCGCCGCCGCCGUCCUGUCAUGACAUCAUGGGCCUUAUUAGACACAGCUCUGCCCUCUCCACACUCCGCACUCCUCGAUCUGUGUUCUGGCUCGGCCUCAGCUGCAGACCCAGACGUGAACCGCCCCAGGGUCUGAUCCUGUCAUCAGUACAGCUCCUCAUGCACCUGGUAUCUCCUGCACUGGUGCAUGAGCCAGCUGGCAUGGACAAGCAGCAGGAGAACUUACCAUCAGACUCAAAGAACAGUGCUUUUAAGAAACAGCCGCAAUGGAAGCAAUAG